CAGCCGGGGCGGGACGCUCCCGCCCAGCCCGGCCCAGCGGAGCGCGGCGCCCGGCGGCGGCAUGGUGGAGGCCUGGUACAUGGACGAGUCCCAGGAGGACCAGCGGACGCCGCACCGCCUGCGGCCCAACCGCCCCGUCAGCCUGGAGCAGCUGCGCCGCCUCGGCGUCGCCUACCGGAAAUUGGAUGCUGACAACUAUGAGACCGAUCCAUGCCUGAAAGAGAUCCGUAGGGCAGAAAAUUAUUCGUGGAUGGAUAUAAUAACCAUACACAAAGACAAGCUCCCAAACUAUGAGGAAAAGAUAAAAACAUUUUACGAAGAACAUUUACACCUAGACGAUGAAAUUCGCUACAUCUUAGAUGGAUCUGGCUAUUUUGAUGUGCGAGACAAGGAUGACAAAUGGAUCCGGAUCUCCAUGGAAAAAGGAGACAUGAUAACCCUCCCUGCCGGCAUAUAUCACCGAUUUACACUGGAUGAGAACAAUUACGUGAAGGCAAUGAGGCUAUUCGUUGGAGAACCCGUCUGGACAGCAUACAACAGGCCGGCUGAUGAUUUUCCUGCUCGGAAACAGUAUAUGAAAUUUUUGGCUGAAGAAGCACAGUGAUGGUAUCUGAGACCUGACAGGUGGAACAGCCUGAAGCCCUGCGAGAAUGUGACUUGUGGCUUUUCACUGAUUAGACUUCUAUUUGCACAUACACUUAGAAUCACAGAAUCAUAGAAAAAUUUAGGUUGAAAGGUCAUUUGGGAGGUCAUCUAGUCCAACCUCCUGUGAAGCACCAGGACGACUUCAAAGUUAGACCAAGUUGCUCAAAACCUUGAGGUCUGGAAACCUCCAGUGGUGGAGGUUCCACAGCCUGUCUGGGGGCCCAUUCCAGCACUUAGCUGCUGUCACGGGUGAGCAUUUGUUCUUUGUGGCCAACUCCCUGGUUGCAGCUUGUGAUUGUUGUCUCUUGCCCUUUCAUUGAGAAGAGUCUUGGCUCUGUCUUCUCCACAGUCCCUUCUGUAGUAGGAAACUACCGUUAGGGCUCCUCUCAGCCUUUUCUUCUCCAGGUUAGACAAACGAGUGUCCUUAUCUGGGCUCUCUGCACCCCACAUUGUUAAGGAAGAUGUUCAACAUGAUUUGCCAUAGUUUUGACUACUGAGGAAUGUCAUUUGUAACCACCUGACAGACUUGAACCACUGACUGUUUUGAGCCCGAUGGUCAGGAAGUUUUUCCACCUGCCUUGUAGUUCGUAUCCUCAGCCUGGAUGCAAGACUACCGUGGGACACACUGUUGAAAGCCUUGCUGUGGUCAAGGGGAAUGACAUCUGCUGUUUCCCCACAGAGCCGGUCACUGCCUCAUCGGUGGCAGUCAGGACAGUGGGUAGAACGUGCCCUUUGUAAAUUGGCGUUGACUGGUUGUUCCCCGUCACCUGGUGUUUCAUGUGCCUGGAACGGCUUUCAUAAUAGCUUGUUCCAUAAUUUUCCUGGGGACUGAAGUGGAACUGGCGAGCCUGUAGUUCCUCAGAUCCUAUUUUCUCGCCUUUUUGAAGGUGUCAGUAUCAUUUGCCUUUUUCCGGUCAAAAAGAUUUCCCUGAUCACUGUGACCUUUCAAAGAUGCCAGCAGCCUUGCAGUGACUUUAGCCAGUUGCAUUUACAGUUGCUCAGGAAUCCAUUUUCUAACCUUUUUUCCUUGAUGUCUCUGACAGGUAGAAUUGGGAGAGGUGGGCUACAUUAAUAUUCAUUCUGCUCUGAAUCCAUGCUAAUGAACUACGUAGGAUUCUGUUUUUAAUUAAAGAAAAUAAACCUCGCUUCAUUCUUGUCUAAAAAUGUUCAUAAGAUAAAUUUGCAUAAUCGGCAUUUUAGUAUGCAGCUUCCCUAGUUCUGCCCUGGUGCAUAAAGCGGUGGUUUUCUCUCAGUAAAAUGCAGCAAUUUGCUCUUGUGAGUUACUAAUAAAAUUACUUUGACUUGGGUGUGGGCUUUUUUUUUUUUCCUUUGUGCUGACAUU